AUGAAACCCACUGAAAUACGUGCAAUAGAUACAAGACCUUUCAAGACAUUAGAUGCACCAGACUUGAAGGACGAUUUUUACAUGAAUUUAUUGGAUUGGGGAACAAAUGAUUGUUUAGCUGUUGGCUUAGGAACUAGUGUGUUUUUAUGGAACGCUAAUAAUAGCCGUGUGUAUAGGUUGUGUGAUUUGGUAAUAGAUAAAGUAACCUCUGUAAAAUGGUCUUCCGUUGGCUCCUUAUUAUCUGUAGGGUCAAAUUCUGGAAAAGUACAUCUUUACGACACCCAGCGUUUAAGACGUGUACGUACUUGGAACAAUCACACUAUGCGUGUGGGUGCUAUUUCUUGGAAGUCAAACAUACUCAGUACAGGUGGUCGUGAUCACACUAUCUUCCAUCAAGAUGUGCGCUCCCAAAAUCCUCACUUUAACCGAAUGCAGCAACAUAGUCAUGAAGUGUGUGGUCUUCAAUGGAAUAAUGAAGGUACUAUGCUGGCAAGUGGCGGAAAUGAUAAUCAGUUGUUGCUGUGGGAUUCGCAUUCAAAUAGUAUUGUGCAUCGAUUAAAUCAGCAUACAGCGGCUGUAAAAGCCUUAAGUUGGAGCCCACAUAAACGCGGCGUGCUGGUGAGCGGUGGAGGGACCAAUGAUAAAACAAUUAAAUUUUGGGACACAAUUUCCGGUAAAUUGACAAGUUCGUAUCCUGUUGGAUCGCAAGUAUGCAAUCUGAAAUGGAGCAAGAAAACAGACGAGAUUGUGAGUACACAUGGUCUUACAGAUGAGCUCAAUUCUUCGGGCAGUCAAAUUAUUAUUUGGAAACCAUACAAAUUGAAGAAGGUAGCAACGCUGUCUGGUCAUGAUAAUCGUGUGACAUACAUGACUAUGAGCCAUGAUGGAGACAUUGUAGUUACAGGUGGUAGUGAUGAAACUAUAAAAUUUUGGGAUGUCUUUUCUUCAGCUAAACAAGUAGAAAUUCAGAAAGAUAGAUAA